AGUGAAUACAUAAUUCUAUCAAAUAUUCUAAGGUUAGAUUACAUUCGCAAAGGUUCAGGCAAAUAGUCGGAUAUCUUUUUAUCGUUUUAAGUCAUUUCUUGGUUCAGAUAUCUAAAUACAGAGAAAUGGAUGACGAGGAAACAGAUGAGAAAGAGAAAAAUACCCAUGGAAGUGAAGAAGAGAAGGUCGAAGAAGUGCUGGAAAGAGAAGAGAAAGUAGACAAAGAUAAAGACGAAGAGAAUAAGGGAAAAAAGAAGAAAAAUGUGGAAGAAGAAAAAGUUAUUAGUGAGAAAGAUUUGACCUUUGCUGGUACUGAAUCAACGAGCCAAGAUCUUUUCGCUAUGGGUAUUUCUAUACGCAAAGAUCUUGUGGAAAGCGUGGAAGCUUUGGAUCAGAUGGACAAUGAAAGGGUCUCUGGUGAGGAAUACAGAGCAAGCACUGAGCAACUCAGCGUCCGAAGAGAUUCGAGGAAGAAAUCAUCACAAAAAGACGUUUCAACGGAUGAACUGUUGAAAACUCCCACUCGAGCCAUGUCCAUUGUCUCCAGAGAGUCACUGACUGACGAGAGGGAAGACGAGGAUGUUCCUGAUGCAAUUCAAUACGAGUGGGAGUCCGAACUAGAAGAGUACGACGAGCCAGACAUUUACCCUUCCGAGAAAGACUACCAGUGGGUGGAGGAGUUGAUAGAAGAUUUAGAGGAUGAAGUGCCUCCUCUCGAAAAGGGUGAAAGGAAAUCUGUUACCAUAGUGCUUUCAGAUAUCCAGGAGGAGGAUCAGAAGCAGGAGCCAGAGGCUGUCGCUACAGAACAGACUCAAGAGAAGAAACAGGAAGAGCCCACUUCAGAGGCACCAGCAGCAGCUGUUUCUACAGAGCCAAAGGACGACACUGAAGAAACCUUUGAAGAAGCACGAGCGGAACCAGAUCAAGAACCAGAGCUAGAACCGGAACCGCCUAAGAAAAAGUACAAGAAAAUUUUGGUAAAGAAAUUAAUCGAGAGACCACCAAAGAUCCACUACGACCCUUUCGUAGAAAGACAAAGUUUUACAACCAACGAUCCUUCUUUUUACACGUUCCCACCGCUUUAUUUGGUACAUUCAUUUGGCUACGACAGCCAGCGAAUGGCGAAUCUACAUGUUCUGGAUGAGAAAACUCUGGUUUACAUGUCGGGAUUCGUCCUAACAUUUCUAUGCCACGAAACCAUGGAGAAAACAUAUCUAAAAUGUCUGGGAGGUUCCUGCUUUGGUGCUCUAGCCAUUCACCCGAGUAGAAAACUUUUCGCUGCAGCUGAAAAAGGAAAAUAUCCACUUAUUGGGAUCUGGUCAUGGCCGAAGCUUCAACUGUUUAGGCAGCUGAAAGAAGGCACCGACAAAGUGUAUGCGUCUGUCAACUUUAGUCCCAACGGAAGACUUUUGGCUUCCCAAGGAGGCUCGCCCGACUAUUUGAUUACGGUGUGGAACUGGUUGGCUGAAACUCCGGUUCUUAGAGUGAAAUCGCAUGCUCAAGACGUCUAUAGAGUGACAUUUUCAAAAGAACUUGCUGGAAGGCUGACAACUUCCGGAUUGUGUCACAUUAAGUUUUGGAAAAUGGCAGACACAUUCACAGGAUUGAAAUUAAAAGGUGACCUUGGUCGAUUUGGAAGGUCAGAGCUCUCUGAUAUUGAAGGCUAUGUCGAGAUGCCUGACGGUAAGGUUCUCAGCGGUACUGAAUGGGGAAAUUUGCUUGUUUGGGAAAAUGGUUUAAUAAUCGCCGAGCUCUGCACAAGAAUCGACAUCCCCUGCCAUUUCGGAAUUAUUCGUCAAGUGCUUCUCUCCGAUGGAGAGUUUUAUACCACGGGGCAAGAUGGAUGGGUUAAAACAUGGAACUUUGAUGCAGUGGACACGGCUGAAAUCAAUACUUCGGAGGAGAGCAUCAAAGUCCCUAUUAAAGUGAUGGCGCAGGUUCAAAUAGCAGAGGGAGCGGACAUUUGGUCUAUAGUUCCUAACAUACCAAAUCCUGACACUAAUUCCGUAUUUUGGUUUGCCCAAGACGGCAAUGGGGCUAUAUGGAAAGUGGAUCUAUCCUUUUUAAACACCGCUAAAGAGCCAGACAUUAUUUUCAGUGCUCAUGGCGGGCCUAUUGUAGGCUGUCAGAUUUCCGAUACUGAUACUCUCUUUGCUACUUUGGGUCAAGAUGGGCACAUUAAAGUUUACAAUUUUAUAACCAACGAGCUAGUGGCUAAAAGGCAUUUCUCAUCGGCCGGUUCAUGUCUUCUAUGGCCUCCUCUUGGUUUAGAUGAUCACGGAGCAACAAUAAUAGCAGGAUUUGCGGAUGGUACAUUCCGUGUACUAAAUUUGUCUGGUAUACCCAACAAAGGAUGUAGGUUGCAACUAAUUCUACAGCAUGUCAAAAAACCGCAUUCUAGACCCAUCACAACUAUGUCGCUGGAUCGGGAGGCCAGGUACUUUGUGACGGGCAGUAGAGAUGGGACCAUUUUUUUCUUCGACGCCGAGCACGACUUUACACCGAUGGUAUUUAUAGCUCUUCCAGACUACAAGGAGGUGCAAAUUGUUCGAUGGUGCAUACCGAGUCCUGACUCGAAAGAGAGAAAAGUAUUGGUCGUCUUUGAAGGUGGGUUGAUUAAAGAAAUGAUCAUGCCACAAUGGGAUGAGGUACACAAUGAGAAUACUUAUCAUCACAUUGAAAACGUCAUUGAAAAGCAGUACUAUUUCAAAAGCAUCAAGUCCCAACUACGGCAUAACGAAGAACUUGAGAGAGAGCGUGUGGCUGAGGAAGCCAGACAGGCUGCUCUAGAAGACGAGAAUCGCAAGAGAAUUGACGAGGGCAUGGAGACGCAAUCAGAACAAGAUCUUCGGUUGCUGCAGGAAGCAGAAGAGUUUGAAAGACUAAGGCUAGAAGAGAAACCUAAGCCAGUUUGGGUGCCCUAUAUUCCCCCUAAGCCAAGUGACAUUUUAUGCAUUAUGCCUGGUUUGCGAGACGAAGAACUAUUUUUGUCCAUGGGUCAGUACGACGCUGGCUACAUUUAUCACAUCAAGUUGUCCGGAGAUAAGAACGAAGAACCAGAGGAACCCAUUUCGGCAAUAUCAGUUGAAGACUCAGAUGAUGUUCCAAUUACAGCUUACGCCAUGUCGAACGAUGGGGAUCAGAUUAUAUUUGGAUUCCAAGACGGGAGGAUAAGAAUACAGAAAUUUUUGUAUUCAUACGACUUGGAAAACUUUGGACCUCAAUGGACCCAAGGAGUACAUGACUGCGUGAGAGGGGCCAUCACAGCGAUCGCCUUGGACAAAUUUGGAGUUUUUAUGGUUUCGUGUGGUAGAGACGGAAACUGUUUCUUGCACAGCUUUCUGGGAAGUGUCCAGCUAGAAGAGUACAAAAAACAAGCGGAUCACAAGGAUUAUCCACUUAUUGCGGAAUCGACAAACAUCCAGGAUAUCAUAGAUCCGCAUGCAUACACCUUAGAGAUGUACAAAAACUUGGAGAAAGAGAUGGCUCUCCUUGCAGCGGCCAAGAAGAACAAAGCAGCGAAGAAAGAAGAAAUUAUGCGACUUCGCCACUGGUACUGUGACAUUCUAAGGCAAAAUUUGGAGUUACCCGAAGAGAACCGUCUGACUAAAGUCGAGCUGGCGAUAACGUCAGAUAAUCAAGUUCGCCGUGAAGAAGAAAUCACAGCCGCGCUCAAGCAACUUAACAUAGAAAUGGCAUGGUCAUCGGAAAAAAGUAAAAUUGCUCUAGAGAAGAUGAUGAGCGCCUAUAAGGACACGCUAGAUGGCGAGCUAUUUAUGCUAAAAGCGUUUAGGUCUAACAUUACAGUCACUUCUUUCCGGUUGCCUAAAAUACCGCCUUUUUUCCAGGAUGCCAAAGAUAGGGUGGAGCAUCAGCGAACUCCUCAUGCCGUUGAAUCCGACAUCAUGGACGACGAUCUGUCUUCAAGAACUAGCACGGUGAUGCACAUGGAGCCCAAACCAGUAAGGAAAGCGGGUUUGGAUAAAUUUAUUUACCAAAGAAUGGUGCGACUCUGGGAGAGAAAACAGAAAAAGGCCCACCGCCAGCAAGUGUGGAGAGACUUCCUGGCUACCGAGCCCAAAGGAAAAGAGCUUCGCGAAGAAGACAAAGCAAUAGAAAAAGCCCUAGCAAAUAUGGGCGACAUGAAGCUCAAAAUGUCUCCGGAUUACAAAGUACCGGAAGAGAAAAAACUGACUGAGCACAGAGCUCGCAAAAAGCUGGUCUUUCUGGAGGAGAUUAUCUACAAUAUGAAGAAAAACUUUAACAAUCACAUGCUUACGCUUAGAGAAUCGAAAAUUGAACACAUUAAAAGAAUGAAUGAGUUUAAGAGAAUCAUUCAGGAGAAGCAGUCUCUUUUGUCUGAUGGAGAAAUUAUUCAGCUUCCCCAUAUUGAUCAGAUGACUUUAGCUGAAAACCCCCACUCCUAUUUGGAGUACACUAAGGAAGACAUAAGAAACUAUCAGAAGCAGAUCGAGGAAAAAAUGAAAGUAGCAGCCACGCAGGUAACCAUCAAGUCGACCAAAAAAGUCGAAACCACGGGCAAGAGAAAACCGACUGGAGCGUCGGGCUUAUACCGAAGGGUAUCAAGCACCUCCAAAGUUUUGGCUCCAAGCGAAGUCGUGGAGGCCAAAGAAGACUCCUUGGAUCUCGGUAAUUAUGUAGAAGACAUUCCGCACGAACCUACUCUUUUAGAGAUUCACAUCGCGAAAAUAAAUCUGAUUAAUGCGAGGUACUAUCAGCAUUACUACUCUCAACGCAUUGAGGAGGAAAAAAUUGAUUUCGACGUCAAGUUAAAAAUGCUGAGGCAUAAAAAGAUGAAGUUGGAUUUCCUGCUGAAAAUCGCUGACGAGAGAAUGGUGCUUUUGACUGAUGAGUUUAUCUUGGCACAAAGAAGCGAGGCCAUGGAGGCUUCUAUCGAGAACAAGAUUGUAGAAGCCAACAAAGAGAAGAAAGAGUGCACCAGUCAGCUCAAAGUUUAUACUAAAAAGUCCGAAGGUAUUAAGAAAGACUUGGAGACGUACGCGAAGAUGAGAGCAGGUCUUCUGAAUGACGUCUUGAAUGUAGCUAGUAAAGUGCCCGGAUUCGAAAAGUAUUUAAUUCGCGUCUUCAACAAAAAGGUCGCCAAACCCAAGCCGAAGCCUUUGGAGUUGGCGUCCAGCACGUCGAUAGUUGAAAGCGACGAAGACAGCGAGUCCAGCAGCGACAUGGACAUCGAAGACGACGAGGAGGACGACGACGGCCUUGACAUUGACCUCCCACCCCCGGAGCUGAACAAGGAGGCGUACGAUCAGGUUCUGGAGAUACGACAGAAACGUUUCGUCAUUGACGAGGCAGAGUCCGCCCUGAAGGAAACCUUUGACGAUGUGAACAGUAACAUCAACCAGCUGAAGAACAAAAUGAAAGACGCAGAUAAAAACUUAGAAUCAGGGAGGAAAGACCUGGAAGCCUUCAUUAAAGAGAAGCAGCAGAGGCAGAACAACCUGGAUUGCGCUGUCUCCUUGAAGCUCCAUCAGAUCUUCAUUCUAGACUCUGACAUGAGAGAUGCUCUGGUCACCGGUUUGGACACGAUUCAGCAACUCAGAAACCGCAUACCCGAGCUACGGAAAGAGACUGUCUUGCAGAAACGUAAAGGGAAAGAAAUAAAAAAGCAGCAUUUUCUUCUACAGCGUGAAAAACAAAAAUUUGCAGAAAGAUUGGAAGAAAUGAAGAAGCGUUGUGAUCUAGAGAUGAAGAAAAAGUUUGGAGUUGUCAGAAACAUCGAAGAACUUGAGAACUACUCCAUUGACCCGGAAAUACUGGCACUUCGUCACGAGCUUGGCGUUCUUGUGAAGGAACAUGGCGUCUCUCUGGCCAGGUUGGAAGUCUGCCACAGACAGUGUCUCACAGAGCGGGUGAAGACACUGCAAAGACAUGCCGUGAGUAUGUACGGAAAGGCGGACAUGGUCUUCCAAGUGAACGAAAUGACCAAGGACAUGUACGAGCAGAUGAGUCACCUGCCGUCAGAGUACGAGGACUUAACCACACGUAGGGAGAUAGCUUUUCUGAAGGCGAUUGUACUUGAUCAAACUAAAGUGAUCCGAUCAUUGAAAGAAGAGAUUGCCCAGUUUACUACCAGGUUCAGAGAGCCACUUCCGCCCAUCAGAAACGAAGACAUUCCAACGAUCAGAAUUCCACGAAUGUAACCAACGAACAGAAUACCACGAAUGUAACCAACGAACAUGAUUGGCCGUGGGGUUACUGCAACCUUCUGGUCCAUUGAAUACAAAAGUUGUGGAAGUAUUGUUCUGUGGUUAUGGUGACAAAUAUAGUGUCAGUAUUUACGUAACGUUUGAACAAAAACAACUUCUAGUUGAACACCUGUAGGACACGUAAGGAUACACUGGAAUAUAAGGUCAGGGGUCAUGAUAUAUAUUGUUUUGGCUGACGGUAAGAAAAAAUUAUUAAUGAGAUUAUAAGUUGGUGAAAUUAUUUUUUUAAAAUAAAUUUGGAUCUUUUUCAGUGUAUUUAAUUGAUAUGCAAUAUUUAGAGACGGCGUUACUUUAAUGAUAAUUUGUAGCCAUUGACCAUUACUUCCGUACAGAAUUAUUGCUUGUUAAAGUUAAAAAUCACAUUUAAAUUGGAACGCAUGUCAAUGUUACUAAUUCAAAACUUGAAAGAAAGAACUCAUAAAAACACACGUCUCUCUCAACAAUUAGAAGAGCUGUUCAAAACAACACACAAAUAUAGGAUACAGAACUUUGAGGAAACAAUAUCUUAACAAAGACUUUUGAUUUAAACUAGUUGCAUGGCUAGAGCCUGCAAUAGUCAAAUGAAUGAUUCAAAGUUAUUAAACUAAUGUUAUACCAAAUCCGAUGCAUUGU